AUCAGAUCUUCCAUCAUUGAGUCGUUUGAGUUUGCUGGUGCCUUGACGUUGUUGAAAUCAAGGAGCAGCUGACUGUGCUCAUAGUUCUUGCUUCACCUGCACCAAUAUCUGACUAUUGUUCAACACUCUUCGGGUGACCUCGAACGUAGCAGCACGGCUGCAACGUGGUCCGCGCAGGGUCUUGGCCAUCUCUCGUCGUCAGCCUCAAGAAGGUCGAGGUGAAGUUCAACGCGUCUCCGCGGCGGCCCGCUAGCGUGAUCGACGUCAUUGUCACGCGCGCCCUGCCGCGAGAGGCCGGAAGCGGCCUUCACAGGCAGGAGCACAUUCCGCCAAACACCAACGCCGGUACGGCCAAGCGACGAUAUCUGGUUAGCAGCCAUGGCAUCCGCCAGCGACAUCCUCACCAUCACCAGCUCGCUGCUUCUGCGAGUGAGCAUCUGGAUCUUCUUGCGAUGGAUUCCCACCACAGUCGUUCCGCCGCUGGCCGCUGCGCUGACUGCCGUCUACAUUCCCGCCUUCUUCACGAGCUUCCAGGACACGGCCGAGUACAAGGUGAUAUCGGACGAGCUCGACAUCAUCGUCAAAGACACGAUUGAACGCGACGCGAGCGCCGAAGCCGAGCUGAUCGAGGGCGCCGAUGACGGGCCCUUGGAGGAACUCGAUGUGCGCGAAACGAUCAAGUACGAGGAGAGGCAGCCGGCGAUACUGAAGACCCUCCUGACCGGCCUGCCGAGUCCCUCGUCGGCGAUGUGGAGCUGGAUCACAUUCGGCAUCAACAUGGUGCUGCUGGCCAUGACGCUCGACGUCAUCUAUCGGCCAACGCUCCUGCACGACUGCCACAACGCGUCGUUUGGGCGCAUCGGAUACGUGUCAGACCACAGCGCGAGGGUCUUGGUCCGAGAGCCAUACGCGCACGACGUCAAGGUGCUCUACCGCUCCAUCGACGAGCUGAGUCGCUCGUGGAUGGAGAAGACGCUGAAGGCGUCCCAGCCUGGGUACUGGCUCACAAACGAGACCGACUUCACGUCUGUCAUUGAGAUCGAUCAUCUGCGCGCCGACACGCCGUACGAGUACGUCAUCAACACCUCGAGUGGCAACAAGACGGGGACCUUCACCACACCGCCGCGCCCUGGUCGCAUCUCGGCAUUCAAGGGUGACAAGUAUACAUUUGUCCACUCGAGCUGCAUCAAGCCUCGGGUGCCAUAUACGCCGGUCCAGCACCCGCUUGAAUUCCCAGGCAUGAAGCACCUCGCCAGCUGGAUCCACGAACUAAAGCCAUAUUUCAUGCUCUUCCUCGGCGACUUCAUCUACAUCGACGUGCCGCACAGACAGGGCAAGGAUGCAGAGACGUACAGGCGCGAAUACCGCCAGGUGUACUCGAGCCCCUCCUGGCCUGCAGUCAGCGACAACCUGCCCUGGAUUCAUGUCAUCGACGACCACGAGAUCCAGAACGACUGGAACGGCAACAUGACUGGGGUGGCUGUCCCUGCGUACGACGCCUUUACUCACUACAACGCUGCCGCCAACCCACCCGCUCACCGCAAGGGCGCAACCUACUUCUCCUUCACGCAGGGACCGGCCGAGUUCUUCCUCCUUGACACGCGGCGCUACCGCAGCCCCGCAAGCAAAGACCCCAACGACCCCCGCAAGACGAUGCUCGGCGCCACCCAGCUCGCGGACCUGCUGGCGUGGAUCGACAAAGAGCCGCCGCGCGGCGUGCACUGGAAGAUGAUUGUGACGGGCACGCCGUUUACGAAGAACUGGCAGUUCGGAUCGGAGGACACGUGGGGCGGGCACCUGUUUGAGCGACAGCGGGUGCUGGAAGCAGCGUGGGCGCACUCGUCGACGCACGGCGUGGGCGUCGUGGUGCUGUCAGGCGACCGGCACGAGUUCGCCGCCACUGCGUUUCCGCCGCCCGCCGACGGUCGCUGGCCUGCUAGCGCGACGGUGCAUGAGUUCAGCACUAGUCCGCUGAGUAUGUUUUACCUCCCUGUUAGGACGUACAGGGAGAUGGACGAUGCGGAUGUGACGAUCAAGUAUCUGCCCGACGGCGGGAGCAAGUUUGGCGCUGUGGAGAUUAGCACGCCGGCGCAUGGCGAACAGAGUCAUGUCAAUUACAGACUGUUCGUCGACGGGCAAGAGGCGUGGACGCAUCUUAUUUCCACGCCGCCGGGCAGGGAGGGGAGUCAUCGCGCGAGGGAUGCGGUGUGGGGGUGAUUUCGUGCGAGGCGAUCUAAUGGCCUGGGGUGGGUGGCUGCGGGAAGGCCAUGUACGUUCUAGCAACUCAAUCUCAUUCGAAGCAGCGGCCG